GAGGGAUCAUUAUGGGCUUCAACAAUAAACCAACCAAUGGUGUCUAUGAUGCCUGGAGUUGAGAUGCCCUCAGGCACCUCUUAAAUCUCCUAGAAGCUGCUCUAACUAUGAGAGGUCUCAUAUUUUGGAUUCUGACUAUGUUAUAAUGAACAGCACUUUGACAUCAGAUGUCAUUGGUCGGAGGGUUGAAGUCAACGGGGAACAUGCAACAGUGCGUUUUUCUGGCAUUGUCCCUCCUGUGGCAGGACUCUGGUUAGGAGUAGAAUGGGACAAUCCUGAGCGGGGAAAGCACGAUGGAAGCCACGAAGGGACUGUGUAUUUUAAAUGCAGGCACCCAACAGGCGGAUCCUUUAUUCGUCCAAACAAAGUAAAUUUUGGAGUAGACUUUCUCACGGCAAUUAAGAACCGCUAUGUGCUAGAAGAUGAACCAAAGGAAGAGGAAACAGAGCAGAUUGUUAUAAUUGGAAAUAAACCUGUAGAAACCGUUGGUUUUGACUCUGUUAUAAAACAGCAAAGUCAGCUGAGCAAGUUGCAAGACGUUUCUUUGAGGAACUGCGCAGUAAAUGGUGCUGGUGACAAAGGAGGCAUUGCCAAAGCGUGUCCUAAUAUUAGAAGCAUCGAUUUGUCAAAAAACCUGUUGUCAUCAUGGGAAGAAGUUAUAGAUAUUGCCAAUCAGCUCAAGCACCUGGAAGUCCUGAAUCUCAGUGAAAAUAAACUUACAUUUCCCUCGGGCUCACCGUCUCCAACCGGAACAUUUUCUAUGCUGAAGGUUUUAGUCCUUAACCGGACAGGAAUAACAUGGGCAGAGGUGCUCUGCUGUGCCUCUGGCUGGCCUGUCCUUGAGAAACUGUACCUUGAGUCUAACAAUAUCGUCAUUUCGGAAAGGCCAACUGAUGUUCUACAGACAGUGAAGUUGUUAGACCUUUCCUCUAAUCAAUUAAUUGAUGAAAACCAGCUAUUUCUCAUAGCGUAUCUGCCCAGAUUAGAACAACUAAUCCUCUCUGACAUUGGAAUUUCUUCUAUACAUUUUCCGGACGCUGGAAUUGGGUGCAAAACCUCCAUGUUUCCUUCCUUGCAGUACCUUGUACUAAAUGACAAUCAGAUAGCACAGUGGUCCUUUAUGAAUGAGCUGGAUAAGCUGCAGAGUCUGCACGCGCUGUCGUGCACGAGAAACCCCUUGACUGAAGGCAGCAAAGAUGCCCAGACCACACGGCAGUUCAUCAUUGCCAGGAUCGGCCAGCUGAGGACCCUGAACAAGUGUGCGAUUGAACCAGAGGAGAGGCGUGGGGCUGAGCUCGAUUACCGAAAAGCAUUUGGAAAUGAAUGGAAAAAGGCCGGUGGACAUCAGGAUCCAGAGAAGAACAGGCCAAACGAGGAAUUUCUCGAAGCCCAUCCUAGAUACCAGGCACUCUGCCUCAAAUAUGGUGCACCUGAAGACGGGGAACUGAAAACACAACAACCAUUUUUGCUCAAAAACCAGCUACUAACACUGAAGAUAAAAUAUCCCAAUCAACUUGAUCAGAAAGUCACAGAGAAACAACUGCCGGAAUCCAUGACAGUUCAAAAGGUGAAAGGCUUGCUGUCACGUCUCCUCAAAGUUCCUGUGUCAGAACUUCUGUUGUCCUACGAAAGUCCCAAAGUAAGUUGCCCAGAAAAAAACGCAAAGUCAAGCUGAGUUCCCCACAGUAUGACGCACUGUUAAGCUAAGUCUUCACGUAACGUGGUUUGAUUCUGAAUAGAAACCAUAUAUCUUUGUUGGGGUGUGUGUGGGUAUAUAUGUUUUGUCACAUCUGUCUUAAUCACCCCCACCUCUUUGCUCUAAUUUUAGAUGCCGGGCAAAGAAAUUGAACUAGAAAAUGACCUACAGUCAUUACAGUUCUAUUCUGUGGAAAAUGGAGACUGUCUAUUAGUGCGAUGGUAACAGCCAACUAAUAAAAUUCAGAGGUUUGAUAAUGUAUCAUGACUGGGUUUCACUGAAGAUAAAUGACUUAUUGGGACAAUUCUUUCCCCCCCCAAAAAAAGAAGUUUACAACUUGCCCUAAGUAUAGAAUAGCUGUAUUUUUCAUAGAGAAGAAAACAUUUCUAGGCAUGUAUAUAACAGCAAUAAUAAAGGCUUUGCACCUACUAA